CCCCACCCUCCGAUUCUUGCCCCCGCGUUGGCGUCCCACACGUGAGGCUGUUGUGGGCACGUGACGCACCGUGCCGUGCCGGGGCGCGUCGCGCCGUUGCGUGAGUGCGUGACGGAGCCAGGCCCCGCCUCCCCCCGCGCGCCCCCCUCCCCCUGGCUCGCUCGCUCCCUCCCUCCCUCCUCCGUGAGCGAGCAGCAGCAGCGGCCUCGCCUUCCGAGUUCGCCCCUCGCCCGCUUCUCGGCUCCCCUCACACGGCUCGGCCCGCCCGCUGCUCCGCGCCCGGUCAUGAGGCCCGCCCGCCGGCGCCGGAGCGCGGCCCUGCAGCGCGGCCGUGGCUGCUGAGGCGUCGCCGCCGCCGCCUCCUUCCUCCUUCAGCGGGCGAGCGGGCGAGGGUCCCCCUUUCAGACAGCCGCCGCCGCCGCCAUGAUGGGCCGGGAAACGCAGCGGGGCCGCCGCUGAGCCCCGAGGAGCAGCCGCUGCCGGCGGAGGAGGGGGGUCCGUGGCUGCCGGCGCCAUGGCGGAGCAGACCUACUCCUGGGCAUAUUCCCUUGUGGAUUCGAGUCAAGUGUCUACGUUCCUAAUUUCCAUUCUCCUCAUCGUCUAUGGCAGCUUCAGGUCCCUCAACAUGGACUUUGAGAAUCAAGACAAGGAAAAAGACAGCAGCAGCUCAGCUGGGCCCUUCAAUGGCAACAGCACAAAUAACAGUAUCCAGACCAUUGAUUCAACACAGGCACUGUUCCUUCCCAUUGGUGCAUCUGUGUCUCUCCUAGUCAUGUUUUUCUUCUUUGACUCUGUUCAAGUUGUCUUCACAAUAUGCACAGCAGUCCUCGCAACAAUAGCCUUUGCGUUCCUCCUGCUCCCAAUGUGCCAGUAUUUAACACGACCCUGUUCACCUCAAAACAAGAUCUCCUUUGGCUGCUGUGGACGUUUCACCGCGGCUGAGCUGCUCUCCUUCUCUCUUUCGGUCAUGCUCGUCCUUAUCUGGGUCCUAACUGGCCAUUGGCUUCUCAUGGACGCUCUGGCGAUGGGCCUGUGUGUUGCGAUGAUAGCCUUUGUCCGGUUGCCGAGCCUCAAGGUUUCCUGUCUGCUGCUCUCAGGGCUCUUAAUUUAUGAUGUCUUUUGGGUUUUCUUCUCUGCCUACAUCUUCAAUAGCAACGUGAUGGUGAAAGUCGCCACGCAACCUGCUGACAACCCCCUUGAUGUUUUAUCUCGGAAGCUUCACCUUGGACCAAACGUUGGUCGAGAUGUCCCCCGUUUGUCGCUGCCUGGAAAACUCGUCUUUCCAAGCUCCACUGGCAGCCACUUCUCCAUGCUGGGCAUUGGCGACAUCGUGAUGCCCGGCCUCCUGCUCUGCUUUGUGCUCCGCUACGACAACUACAAGAAGCAAGCCAGCAGCGACUCCUGCGGCGCGCCGGGGCCCGGCAACAUCUCUGGCCGUAUGCAAAAAGUCUCCUAUUUUCACUGCACUCUCAUUGGAUACUUCGUAGGUCUCUUAACAGCAACGGUUGCCUCUCGCAUCCACCGGGCUGCCCAGCCAGCGCUGCUCUACUUGGUACCGUUCACCUUAUUGCCACUCCUCACCAUGGCCUAUUUAAAGGGUGAUCUGCGCCGCAUGUGGUCUGAACCAUUCCACUCCAAGUCCAGCAGCUCACGUUUCUUGGAGGUAUGAUGGAACAGAUGGAAAGUGACCAGAACUUCUGCCUUGGUCCUUUUUAUUCUGGCGAUUUUUGGCUCACAGCUUGGUUGUCUCCUGAAGCUGGGCUGGUAGUUGGGAGCACGACCGGCUUGUGGAACUUGUACAAAUGAAUGGACUUGUGCGAGGAUCGCAAGGAGGAAAGAGCAGCCGCCUGGAGGCCCUUUCCCCCUCCCAUCGCCCUGCCUGGAGCUGCGGAGGACCCAUUCUGCAAGGGCGGUGGCCUCCCUCCUCUCCUUCCCCCCUUUCCUUUGUCGGUGCCAGACCCCCAGGUGUUCCUGAGGGGAGGAGGCGAGAGACUUGACCGGGAAGCGGCAGAGAGGCAUUGAGGAGGAGGAGGAGCAGCUCGUGAACACUAACAGGGGAAAAUGGCCGUGGCGCUUGGAGUUCCUUGGCAAACCCCAGGAGUACUUUGGGACCAGUUUUCUGCCGGACUGGAGUUUCAAAGAGAACUGAGACAGAAGGUCUUCUGUCACUAUAGCCUCUUGGGUUUUUUUUUUUGUUCUUUGAAUUUAUUAAAUAUUUUCUGUGG